CACAUCAGCAUCAAGGAGAAGCAGAGGAGAGAAAAAAGAUGUGGUCACAUGACUGUGCGGAAGUAGAAGCCGGGGAGGCAGACGAGCAAAAUGGCAGAAGGAGGUGGAGGUGAUCAAGGAAAUUCAUCUGAACAGAUUGUGGAAGUCGGAGCUGUGUUGUUGAAGGACUUCAUUUACGAGCGGAUUCGGCGGCACGUAGACAGUGAUGCUGUACUGACCAGAGAGCAGCUCGGCGCACAGGAGCUGUGUGAAAACCACAAGAAGCUCGCUCAGUGCCUUCAGCAGAUCGGAGAUGAGCUUGAUGGAAACAUGGAUCUGCAAAAGAUGAUAGAUGACUCCGCCCUGAAGCCAUCAAAAGACGUCUUCAUGAAAGUUGCCUUUCAGAUCUUUUCUGAUGGUAGAUUCAACUGGGGCCGAGUGGUUGCGCUCUUUUACUUCGCCUGCCGACUCGUCAUAAAGGCCCUUGUAACCAAAAUCCCUGAUAUCAUCAGAACAAUAAUUAACUGGACAAUAGACUACCUCCGGGAUCAUGUGAUCAACUGGAUAAGAGAGCAAGGUGGCUGGGAGGGAAUUCGUUCCUACUUCGGCACGCCCACUUGGCAGACGUUGGGGGUCUUCCUGGCCGGUGUUCUUACCACUGCUUUAGUCAUGCGCAAGAUGUGAAAACCGCUCUAGGGGCAGGGAGGAGAAAGAUGGGAAGACCUACGACUGAAGGAACAGGAGCAGAAACAAGAUGAUCAAAGGGCCAACGGAAACGAGUCAAGGCAGAGUUAAAAGAAAAAUAAAUAAAUAAGUUGAGCUAGAGGAACUUGUACAUGGAGAACCACAAUUCCUGUGAAACUGAGAGCUGGACUGGAAGCGCUGUUGUACCCAUGAUCGUUAAGCCUCUGAGGAGGAGAGAUGUGCAUGAUGCACAAAAUCAGAAAGAUAGGGAGGAUUUCAGACUUGAACAAAGAAGGAACUUUAAAUAAUUUAUUUUUUACUUGGUACAAAGUCACUGCACUCUGUUUCUUACCCUAAGACUAAGUUCAGCUGGAUGGAGUGGGUUCUCUGUUAUUUUAGUUGUAGUGUCUUUUCUUUCUUUCUUCCUUUCUUUCUUUUUUUCUUUUUUCGUUAUCAUCAUCAUGUCUGUAUGCUAGCCAAUCUCCAUUCAUAUGUUAUUGUGAGUAGUCCCCUGACGGAAAUCUUCAAAAAACUGGCGGGUAUGGACAUAUUAGAUGGUCACGGUGAGACAAGAUAAUGACAUUUUUUAAACAAGUGAUAAAUUAACUAAAAAUUGCAAGUCUGUGCCAUGGAGUUUAAGCAUUAGAUUAAAACAAGCCCAGUUAAUUUGUCUCCCCGUAAAACCAGAAAUUCAAAGUUUCUAACUAUUUCAGGGACUAACGAAGGGUGUCUAAUCAGUUGGUUGUGUUCAGAGUUUGUUUACAUUUAAAAAAAUAUUCAUCUUAUUGUUUAAAAGAAACACAACCUUACCGAAUUAUUACUGUUGGGGUCACUGAAAAUUCUUGGAUAAAUUUAAAUCAUUGCUGUUUUGGGUGUUUGGAAUACCAUUGCAACUGUGACUCCGUUAAUACAUACAAAAAAAAAUAAUCUGUUUUUAUAAAAGAGCCAUGUGUCGUGAGUCAGCAGUUCCUUUGACCUAUGAAAGAAGCUGUGCUGCAUACACAGAAAGCAGUGGGCUGCUUACCUCACUUUUGAUACGUUCAGAGUACUGUAUUUUUGCGACAGUUAUUGAGACUGCUGCAACGUCAUGCAGCUCAAGGCUUUUUAUACAUUUUCCUUGUUCAUCGGUGCCUUGAUGUUUGCUUUUUUACUAUGAAAUCACUUUGAUAUGAGUUUUCACCUUUUCUAUCAUAUUUGUAUGGGCGGAAAUUGUCUCAAGGUCCCCUGAAAACCUUUUUGCAGUGACUUGUUAUGUUGUGAUAAGGAAAAUAAAUCUUUUAAACUCUU